CUGCUAGUGACUGGUACGCUACAAACAAUGAUAAACCGCCCAUCGCCAUGUAGCCGUCGCUAUGCCUUGGUCGUCCCACCCCUUCCCAGAGAAGCGGCAUGUGGAUGAUCUGCGACCAGGAUCGCGCUCCCCGAAUCCAUGGCAGCACCGGAAGCUCAGGAGAGAUCUGACGGUAGGCUGCAUCCCCUCCGCAGUAUUCACAAUUAAUACACUUUGUUGCCAUCCCCGGUCGGCCAAAAGCUAGUAUUGUUAUCCUCGCACAUCUCGAACGCCCUAGGCCCCUGGCGUUUGCGGCUAUCUCCACUUUCGCUGCGACAGGACCCGUUCCUCUCUUCCGCGGCGCUCGCUCGCCAGACCGAACUCCUGCAACCCAUAGAUGACGCUGGUUGCGCAGGCGACACCACGGAGCAGCGGCGCAUCAUUCCAUGCAGUCAAAUCUCAGAGCCCAGGCUGAGAUUCAGGCCCAGAGGAAGAAGCAGCUUGCGAAUUCGUAUAAGCAGUUACUCGAUGAGUUCGCCGCGACCGACCUCAAGACCGUCGGCAACUAUACACUGGGGAAACUUAUAGGCAAGGGGAGUUUUGGCAAGGUCUACUUGGCAUCGCACAAACUCAGCAAUGGCUCAAAGGUCGUGCUCAAGAGCGCGAAGAAGGACGACGCCAAUCUCGCGCGCGAAAUCCAUCACCACCGCCAAUUCAUACACCCACACAUCGCCCGCCUGUACGAGGUCAUAGUGACCGAGGAGCUGGUCUGGCUGGUACUCGAGUACUGUCAGGGCGAUGAACUCUACAACUACCUCCUAGCCAAGGGCGCGCUCGAACCCUCCAGAGUCCAGAAAAUAUUCACGCAGCUCGUCGGUGCCGUGUCGUACGUACACAACAAGUCCUGCGUCCACCGCGACCUUAAACUCGAGAAUAUACUGUUAGACAAACAUGGCGAUGUCAAGUUGGUCGACUUUGGAUUCACACGCGAGUACGAGGGCAAGUCCAACUACCUGCAGACAUGGUGUGGAACCAUCUGUUACAGCGCGCCGGAGAUGCUCAAGGGCGAGAAAUACGCGGGUGAAAAGGUGGAUGUUUGGAGUUUGGGUAUCAUCCUCUAUGCGCUUUUGGUCGGCGAGCUACCUUUCGAUGAGGACGACGAGAUGGUUACGAAGAACAAGAUACUAAAAGAGGAACCAAAGUACCCGGAACACUUUCCACAGCAAGCAAAGGAGUUGUGCUCGUCGCUACUUUCAAAACGGCCGAUCUUGAGACCUACAUUGGCGGAUAUACUACAAAACCCUUGGUUGUCGGAACACGCGCCUCGCCAGCAGGAGAUUUUGAAGCUGCAGCAGCCGGCGCCAUUCUCGACCGAAUUGGAGAAGGAGGUGUUGCACCGUAUGCGUGCUGCUGGUGUGGAUAUUGACAUGGUGAUUGAGAACGUGCUGGCCCAACGAUGCGACUCAUUGGCUGGCUGGUGGGCAUUGCUACUAGAAAAGGAAGAACGCAAGGCGAAAAGAAGAGAGCGCAAACGCAAAGAAAAGGAAGCAGAGGCUAAGAGCCUCAGACGAUUGAGUGCUGCCAGUAGCCGGCUUGACAAACUUGCGCCUACCAUCAGAGAGUCGGACGAAGAGGGCAUACAUGCUCCAACCACACCGAAGAGUCGCGGCAGGACUAUCAACCGAAGCAGCUUGCAUGGUGCUCCCGAGCUUCCAAAACUGCCGGAAUCAAUGACCUCUCCCAACCUUACCGUAGACGACAAGCCGCUGCCACCAAUCGAUACCCAUCGAGGUCGAAAAUCUCACUCUUCUUCACGUCCACCACUACCCGCGAAAGAUCUGGAUCGGCGGCGAUCUCGCAGUAGCAUGCUACAAGUUGUGUCCACAAACCCCGACCUUCUCUCUCCAAAUGGCUUCGUGCCCAAGCGGCGCCGGAAGCAGCCGUUCAUCAACCACCUUUUGUCACUCAGGAAUUGGAUAAAAGAAACGUCAAAACGAGCACGGUCGCCAGGUUCAAAGGCUAGCAGUGGACAGUCCCCAAAGAUACCUCCAAGCACGUCUUCAGAUUCAAGACGAAGGCAAAGUACAGCGAACCGUUCUUCUGUGCAUACAAAUCCCAAGUCUCCGCCAAUGCCACACACACCAGGUCCCCGACCCCGAGGUUCAACUCACGGCUCAGGCUCCAUGAGAAGGCUCUCGGCAUCCCCUGCCCCACUGACACCGCGAUCCUCGUAUCGUCGUUCUUCUGGUGGUCUCCGAGGCCGGAAAUCUACUUCCUCAUCUGUGUCUUCGAUCCGCAGUAUGCCACACCACCACCAUUCGCACUCGAAAGCUUCAUCCACAUCCUCUGCCUCACUUGUCUCUCCCGCUGUUUCUGUAAGCGGCCACUCACACAAGCCCUCCAAGUCCCCCCACAACAGCAUCAAAGUCCUCCCUGCGACUCCAACUUCCUCAAGCUUCCCUUCCAACAUUCGCCUUGUACGUUCUGGCUUCCCACCCGGCCUUAACGAGUCCAGCGCCGCUUUUGGAAACGGAAAUAGCAUUCCUCCACAAUCACCUGGUCUCAUCUUUGCAAAGAGGAAGAGGAGCCCUUUCAAAGGACCCAUGCUUAAUGUCAAUACCGGUGUUCUGAAUGGUGGCCAUGCAAACGGUGGCGCAUGGAGGAGCAGAAGCGGAGAUAGCGGCAUGGGUAGUAGAGGGACGAGUGUACAAGGACGUAGGAGUGGAGAGAUAUUGGGCAUCACAGAAGAAGAUGAGGAGGAAGAGGAAGAAGUUGAGGAGGUGGAGACAUUUGGAGGAAAAUUGGGCGAAGGCGAGUUUGUUGAAGAAGAAGGUCCUGCGCAGUUGACCCUACCUCAAGAGGAAUUCAAAGAGAAGGCUUGAUAUUUGGAAAGAUGGGUUUGAGAAUGAAGAGGAGGCUUGAGGAUUUUUGGUGAGAUUGUGGAGGUUUAACCAUUUCCGAUCCCGGUUGUUGUUGCGUAGGGGACGUUCACUUCUCUUCGCUUCUUUUCUACUUCUUUGAACUUUUGCACUUUCACGGCAUACAUUCUCGGCGUUGGUCCAAUACUGGGAUACCUAUACACAUGUUAUUUUCAUAUUGUCUACUCAUUCUAAUCUCAUAGAUACGUACUUAUACUAUGCACAUUUUUCGCUCAUCAUAUCUAUCACUCGCGCCAAUAUCAUAAUAGCAUAUAUGAAACAC